AGGUCCUCUGGCUCCACAAACUCCCGCCUGCGCUCAAACAACACUCCUUCAGGUUAAUCCAUUAUCAACAAUAUAUACCAGAAAAUUGUUCUCACUCUGUACUUGUACAUCACAUAGCAUUCUGACUUUGUAUUAUGAUGUAAUGUCCAGGACAACCUGGUGAGGAAAGUGUGGGACAACGAGCUCGUGAGAAAAGGAGCUGGACAAAACAGUAUGUUACCAAAGUUGUGAGAAUAAGACAAUAAAACAAGAAACAUAAUUGUUAUUACAUCCCGCAGGUGUUGUGGCUGGUAUCAUGACAAUAUUUAAAAUAUAUCUUUACACGUCCGGACUUGCCUUAUCGGUGGUGGUAUCCGUUCUCCACACAACACUACUAACUACGUGUGUUUUAAAGUGUCUGAUGUAUAAGUUAUUAGUAAACCCGAACAAGUUGUGGACGAUAACAAACUAACAGUGUAUUAUCAGUAGUAAUAAUUUUGUCUCUAAUGAAAAGCCCAGCGAGUCAGCUUGUAGUAGUGAGAGCACAAUCAACAGGUACACUAGCACCCACCAGCAGGAGUUGAGGAUGGUGUCGCAGUAACCCAGCUACAAGACACCAAAAUGCGAAGGGGGAACCUCAGACUGGUGACCUUCCUGGCAGUAGGCGUCUUAGCCUGGUUCAACCUACUGUUCCUCCUCUUCCGUCAACAGCAACAACAAUUGCGACCUGAAGAUGUUCUGUUGGACCCAAAUGCUCCAGUGAUCCUUGUAGCUGAUGACAGUAAGGAUGAGGAUGCUCGGGGGCCCCUCCCUGCACUAUCACCACUACCCCAAGCCCUCAUCACCACCUAUACACCCACUAAUACCACCAGGCAAUCUAGAGUUCACCUUAAACCCGGAGCUCUGGCCAACAGAUUCCUGGUGCACUCAUACGAUCAUGGGGGUGGUGGGGUGGUGUCUGAAGCUCUCAAUCUGCUGCUGGAUGAAAUUUUCUUUCUCUACCAACCACUGUACAAGCUAGGCUCCCAGGGGCUCACCAGAGUCCAUCUUCUCAAGAAGGAAAAGACAGAAGAAGGCAUAGAGUGGCUGCGAGGUGUGUUCAACUGUUCCUUCAACCAGAGAAGCGACCUGCUACACGAACCCUUCCUCUUCAAGUCCCACUCAGUCCGCAACACUUAUAACAACUACUGCCACAACCACCAGUAUGGUGGUGUGGUGCAGGUGGGGCUGCUGGACUGUGUACAGCUGGCAUGUCAACAGAGGCCCCUGCAAGCAAUGUACAUCGUGCACCUCUCCAUGUUUCACAUACUUCAACUCCUCAACAUGUACUCAUCUAAACUUAAGAUGGUGGUGGUGUUAAGGGACCCACGGGCAGUGUUGGGAGCUAGACGGAGGGCAGCAACACAAAUCAACUUAAAUAACCCCGCCGACUUCAAAACACAGGCAUCGUUGCUGUGUGGCGCUAUGGUUGAUGACUUGGGAGUGGCCUACCAGCUGCGUCAGCAGUACCCACAGUCUGUCAUGGUGUUACGAUAUGAACAUCUGCUGCUAAAACCACACCACGUCCUCUCUUACUUGUACGAUUUUCUGGGGCUACAAGUUACUCAUCAUCACCUUAACAGUGUCAUCAAAACACUAAGACUUGAUCUUUCUGAGCAAACCUUACUACAAAUUACUAAGAUUUGGCAGUUGGACCUAAACCUACAGGAGAGUAGAGCAGUAGAUAUAGGCUGCUUUAGACACUACCACAAGCUAGGGUAUCAGCCUGUCCCAACCAGUAUUAACACCAGAAACAACUAUGUCAUAACAUGGGAUCAAGCUCAAAUAAGGGAAGAGAAACUCAAAAGUUACAAACUGCUCAGAAAGACAUCCACAACCCAAUAAAAGAUGACUUUACCGGUGAAGCAAGAAUUCCGUCCAAAAUAACCCAUUCUCAUAGAUUAUUGCGGUACAGUAAUCACAAGUGAAAGUAAUGAUGAUGACUUAAGGAGAUGCUCUUAAUUAGAAACUAUAUCUGGAGAUUUUCUCUGAAUAAUACUUCGAGUGUGAAAUAAAAGUAAUUCUUUGAUUAGGCCUCUAUAACAGUGUGAUAAAACCCUAAUAUUUAACUUUAUUUUCAAUCUCUCUAUAAACUAGAAUCUUCAGUG